AUGCGGCGCGCACCCCGCCUGCUGCUCCUGCUGCUGGGGCUGCUGGCCCUGACCCGCGGUGCCCGAGGCCAGGCCGACGGCCCCCCGGGGGGUCCCGGCGCCGAGGAGGAGGGCGCCCCCAGCCUCAGGAUCGCCCCCAGCAACGCCGCCUUUGCCUUCAACUUCUACCACCUGGUGGCCGCCCUCAACCCGGGGAGCAACGUCUUCUUCUCCCCGCUGAGCAUCUCGGCCGCCUACGCCAUGCUGGCCCUGGGCGCCGGCGCCGACACCCGGGCCCAGAUCCUGGAGGGCCUGGCCUUCAACCUCUCCGACACGUCCGCCCCGGACAUCCACCGCGGCUUCCAGCACCUGCUGCUCACGCUCAACCGGCCCCGCGGCUCGCUGGAGACCCGCGUGGGCAGCGCCCUCUUCCUGAGCCAGGCCCUGACGCCCCGGCCAGGCUUCCUCAACCGCACGGCCGCCUUCUACGGGGCCCAGCCCUUCCCCGCCGACUUCCUGGACCCCGAGGCCGCCGCCCGGCUCAUCAACAGCCGCGUCCGGGAGGAGACGCACGGCAAGAUCGACAGCGUGGUCGGCAGCCUCGGCGCGGACACCGCGAUGGUGCUGGUGAACUACAUCUACUUCAAAGGCCGGUGGAAGAGCCCGUUCGGCCGCUCCAGGACCACCCCCCAGGACUUCCACGUGGACCAGCACACGGUGGUCAAGGUGCCCAUGAUGUUCCAGGAGCAGGACAGCCACUGGUAUCUGCACGACCGGCACGUGCCCUGCUCGGUGCUCCGGCUGGACUACCAGGGCGGCGCCCGGGCCCUGCUGGUGCUGCCCGACACUGGGAAGAUGGCGCAGGUGGAGGCGGUGCUGAUGCCGGGCAUGCUCCACAGGUGGAGCCGCUUGCUGCAGAAGAGGUACCGGCACCGGCACCGGGCCUACUUCCGCAAGCUCUGGCUGUACCUGCCCAAGUUCUCCGCCUCCGGCUCCUACAACUUAGACGAGCUGCUGCCACAGCUGGGCAUCCAGGACCUGUUUACCCGGCGGGCCAACCUGUCGGGCAUCGCGGCCCAGGACAACCUGCUGGUGUCCAAGAGUGUCCACAAGGCCGUGCUGGACGUGGACGAGGCCGGCACCGAGGCCGCGGCGGCCACCAGCCUGUCCGUCACCUUCUUCUCCGCCGUGCACAACCCUCGCAUCCUCAAGUUCGACCGGCCCUUCCUGCUGGCCAUCCUCUCCGCCGACACCCAGAGCAUCCUCUUCCUGGGCAAGAUCGUCAACCCCACGCAGCCCUAG